GGUUAACGAACACGGGCAUCGGUCCGCCGCCUGACCCCGUCGUAAAGAUGGCAGUGCCCCCGCCACCACCUGUCAGGCCCCCGAUUAUCUGAUGAAGGAGAUCUUCAAACUGCUGCUGCUGAUGAUGCUGCUGCUGGUGCUGCUGCUGGUGCUGCUGCUGGUGCUGCUGGUGCUGCUGCUGGUGCUGCUGCUAGAAUUGGCCAAUCAAUACAGUAGUAUAUUGCGAAGGCAGGCAAGGAUGAGGAGGGAGUACCUCUAUAGAAAAUCUAUUGAAGACAGGGAACGAACAAUUCAAGAGAAGAAGAUGAAAUUGAAGCUUGCAGUUGAUGAAAACACAGCCAUUCCAACAGACUUGCGGAAAGACGCCAUUGAUUUACAGAAGUCACUGGAUUGGGAUGAUGCCGGAGGAGAAGGUGUUACGAGCCACAUGGAUGAUGAAUAUAGGUGGGCAGGAGUCGAGGAUCCAAAGAUAAUGAUAACAACAUCUCGAGAUCCCAGCUCGAGGCUGAAGCAGUUUGCCAAGGAGGUAAAGCUUCUUUUCCCAAACUCACAGAGAUUAAAUAGGGGCCACCACGACAUGAAUGCAUUGGUCAGUGCUUGCAGAGCCAAUGAUGUGACGGAUUUGAUGAUUCUGCAUGAACAUAGAGGAGAUCCGGACGCGAUACAGAUCUGCCAUCUGCCGUACGGACCGACAGCGUCAUUCACGUUGUCGAAUGUUGUGAUGCGGCAUGACAUUCCUGACUGCGGCACCAUGUCUGAAGCUUACCCACACCUCAUCUUCCACAAGUUCUCCACACGACUAGGCAGACGUGUUUCAAAUAUUCUAAAGUACCUGUUUCCGGUGCCUAAAGACGAAAGCCGAAGAGUGAUCACGUUUGCAAACACUGAUGAUUAUAUCUCAUUUAGGCAUCACACUUACAAGAAGACAGACCACAAAAAUAUAGAACUACAAGAAGUUGGGCCACGUUUUGAAAUGAGAUUGUUUGAGAUCAAGCUGGGCACGCUGGAACAACUGGACAUCGCAGAUGUUGAAUGGCAGCUGAAACCUUUCAUGCGAACAGCAAAGAAACGAAAGUUCCUCAGCGAUGACUGAACACAGCACAGCAACAUCUACUGGAGAGGAUUUCAACUGAGUGCAGUCGCCUGCCAAGUUACGAUCGCUCGUCAUGUAUAUUUGUAUUUUCUAGAGUUGGCACAGGCAUUCAUUUUGGAAAGGUUCAUAUGCAGGCCCUCGGGCAGGCUGAUGGGGCGAUAAACCCGUUGCGAGGCAAUUAGGUGACCUUUGGCGUUUGGUGGAAUUGUAUUGUUCACACUACAGUGUUUGUUCUAUAAAUUCUAAUAUGUAGCCAUUGUAGUGGGAGAAUGGGGAAUUGCAGCACAAAAUAAAUAUGUAUGAAUCUGUA